AUGAAUGGAUGGUCUUUGAUUGGCAGUGCUGGUGACGCCCUUCCUGGUCCUCUUCGGAUGGACCCUUUUGGAAAUAAAGCUGGUGAGGCAACGCGCAGAGGCUCCCUCCAGCUAAAGUUGGCCCUGGCUCAUGGGCCGGCAGAACAGGAGCCAGAGGAAGAGACAGCCAUGGAGGAUAGCCCCACUAUGGUUAAAGUGGACCGGGGUGAAAACCAGGUUUUGCCAUGGCAAGGAAGAAGACGCCUCCCCAAGGCACUUGGCUAUAUCACCGGUGAUAUGAAAGAAUUUGCCAACUGGAUUAAAGAUAAACCCCAGGUGCUCCAGUUCAUUGAUUGGGUUCUUCGUGGCAUAUCCCAGGUGGUGUUGGUCAACAACCCCAUCAGUGGAAUCCUGAUCAUGGUGGGACUCCUGGUCCAGAGCCCCUGGUUGGCUCUCAAUGGCUACGUGGGAACAGUGGUCUCUACCGCAACAGCCCUGUUGCUCAGUCAGGACAGGUCAGCAAUUGCAGCGGGCCUUCACGGCUACAAUGCCACCCUAGUGGGAAUACUCAUAGCUGUGUUUUCGAAGAAGGGAGACUAUUUCUGGUGGCUGUUAUUCCCCGUAUCUGCUAUGUCCAUGGCUUGUCCACUUUUAUCAAGUGCAUUGAGCUCCAUAUUCUGCAAAUGGGACCUCCCUGUCUUCACCCUGCCCUUCAACAUGGUGUUGUCAAUGUACCUUUCGGCCACGGGACAUUACAAUCCAUUCUUCCCAACCACAUUGAUCACACCUGUAAGCUCCGUUCCCAAUGUCACCUGGCCUGACCUCAAUGCCCUGCAGUUAUUGAAAUCCCUGCCUGUGAGUAUUGGUCAGAUAUAUGGUUGUGACAGUCCGUGGACAGGGGGCAUUUUCCUAUGCGCCAUUCUACUCUCCUCCCCCCUCAUGUGCCUGCAUGCUACCAUCGGAUCAUUGCUGGGGAUGGUAGCAGCUCUCAGUAUUUCGGCUCCAUUUGAGGGCAUCUACUCUGGACUCUGGGGUUUCAACAGCUCUCUGGCCUGCAUUGCAAUUGGAGGGAUGUUCAUGGCACUCACCUGGCAAACCCACCUCCUGGCUCUUGCCUGCGCCCUGUUCACUGCCUACCUUGGAGGCAGCAUGGCACACCUGAUGGCUGUGGUCGGAUUGCCAUGUGCUACCUGGCCCUUCUGUUUGGCCACACUACUGUUCCUCUUGCUGACCACGAAAAACCCCAACAUCUACAAAAUGCCCCUCAGUAAAGUCACUUAUCCUGAAGAAAACCGCAUCUUCUACCUACAAGCCAGGAAAAGGAUGGUUGAAAGCCCUCUGUGAGAGCAACGCCCACCACAGCCAUGGUCACAAGUCAUUUCUGACUAACUGCCCCCAUUGACUUCCAAGGUCUCGGCAAACUGUUGUUUUUCACUAGUAACCCCUUUUAUACUAACCCAUCAGCAAUGUGUUCCUAUGUCAUUUUGUAGUUUUCUUUUAAACUUCAGCAACAUCCCUAAACAUGUGACAGACACAUCCAGACGAUGCGCUCUGGCUAUGGAAUUGUAAACCCUCAUGGGGCAUUGGCACUAAGACUAUAAUACAUUUAUAAAGCCAAAAUGUUCCAGCAGAAAGAGGAAGUGAGACUAGAGCUAAUUAUUGGUAUUUAUUGAUUUUUUUGGUGUUUGGUUGGCUAAAUGAUGUUAACAGUAUUAAAAAUUAAGCUUUAUAUGCCAGUUAGGCCUUAAGGGAAUGGAAUUCACUGUCACAAAAUCGAAGUCAACCCAGAAUCCUCAGAUAAGCAGUUUGGCUUAUGAAAAUCAAUGCAAGUCACACAUUACAGCUUGAUCAGCACCACAGGACUGCAGGCUGAUCACUGAGUUUGUUCCUAUGUCCUCAGUAGGACGGCCUCAAUCCUGUCACUGUGUGAGUGACAUUCACUUACAGGAGAUAGUUGGGUUUUUUUCAGAUUGGCAGAGCUGCAUUAGGUAGAAAAGAUUUUUGUCAGUCAAAGCUAUUCUGUAUUGUUAACUUCUCUUGGAAGUUGCAAAGGAUUUUUUAGAUACAGUUUACUAUCUUGUUCUUAUGAGAAUGGAUUUGUCUUCAAUGAGUUAAAAUAAGAGAAGUUCCUGGCUUAACCAGGUCCUAGAUAUUAAAGAAAAUUUACGUUUUUAUACAAUACUCAACAUAGCUAUUUUUACUUUAAUCCUUAAAUUGAUUUCGUAAAUGCCACAAAUGCAUUAGAGUUAAGCCAACACUCGAGGGCCCUUUAAAGUUACAUUGUCAGUUCAUUUGAGGAUGUCUUAUAUGUUAUAAAGACUGAAAGUUAAGGUCAGAUUGCUUCUGGGUGUUUAGAAGUUGUUCAAUUGCUGACUUUAAAAAAAAAGUCAUUAUUUUCUGAACAUUCAUAAUAUUUUCGCUCAGAAACCAAUGGUAUUUGAGCCACCAGAAAAUAUAUAGAUAAAGGAUUCUCUUUUUUUCAUUUAAAAUUUAUCAGUUCUAUAAGGAUUCUAUAACCAAACACGCUGAGGGUACCAGUGGAAAGUCCUGCCAAUCACCUUCCGCUUCAGUAUGUAUCGAUUCAAUAUUCUGGAGGAUGUAAAAAGUGAAACUGUGGAAUCCUAAACAUUUUUUUCCUCUUUGGCUUCACAGUGCUCAGUGCAGAAUAUACAAUUUACUGAGUGAAUAAACAUAAAAAGGGAAGAAAACCUACAAAUAUUUUAGGGAGAAGCUCAUUUCUUCCUUUUCUCAGGAAAACAAACAAACGUUUUUCCAAUUUUAAAACCCCGUGACCAAAGCCUUUUGAAACCAUGAACUUGCAACUGUCAUGGAGGCAUGUGUAUAUUCAUGUGGAAAAACUAAAUCUUCAGUCUUUGAUCUGAAAUCUCCCUGGUUAGGCAAUUUGUGAAAUAAGAUUUCAAGGGAAACUAAAAAGCAAGCAUUACCAAAGAUAACCAGGCAUGAAGAAACUCGGCGGCGGUUGAGUGAACCAGAGGCCUCUAAAAUGUCUCCAAGUUGAUCUUCGGAAUGGAGUUAAUUAUGUAUCUUCCAUUCCCCUGCGCUCACACAGAGUUGUAAAUAGGAACAUUUGAAAGCCUUGAACAUUGUCUAAUUUAAAUGGUAUUAAUUUUCUCAAGCUAUUUUUGUUACUAAGCAUUAUCCUAAAAUUGAGUAUUUUUAUGAAUUUUCUUAGGGAGCAUUUAUAUUUUUUUCUAUUGUCUCUAUAACAAAUUUCUAUGUAAGAAUACAAAUAAAUUAUUCUCACAGCAAA